GUUUCAUUUUCUCUGACUGCGGAGUGGAGAGCAGAACAGAAACUCUCACCCACGACAACAAAUAGAUAAAACAAAAACACCACAACAAUGGGGAAGAUCUACCAGGUCAUCGUGCACGGACUGAGGGGGGAGAAGAUGAUGGUCGACCUGUGCAACACGGAUGAGCAGUUUAAGAGCAUGACGGUGCUGCAGCUGAAGGAAAAGAUAGCAGUGAGGCUCCCCGAGAGCGCAGGACAGGAUGCUCUGCGGCUGAUCUUCACAGACAAGCAGCUGGAUGGAAACACCGUCCUGCUGUCCGAAUAUGGGAUCCAGAACCAGUCCGUCAUCCACAUGGUGGUGAGGGUUCCUGGAGGACUGACCGCUUGACAGAGACCAACUCCUGCUGCUGUUUGCAUAUUUUAAAGUGUCACUGUUUUGUUGCCAUUAUCCUUUUUAAUACUACCAUGUUUUUAAAAAAGCUGCUGCUGUUCUACAAAAUAAAAAUAAAAGUUCUGUCUUAAA